AACAACAUGGCCUGACGUCACCCUCCAAAUAAGGAUAUUCCACUUCACUUUUACUAUCUGAGGGAGACGGAGAGAGACGAAUAGGGAGGGAUAGAGGGAUAGAGAGGGCGAGAGGGAAAAAGAGAGAGAGAGAAAGAGAGAGAGAGUCCCCUCCUCCCCAUUCAUUCAUAGACACAGACAGGAGACGAGUAAUAUACUCUGCUAGCUAACUAUUUGUCAGCUCAGUGCACGUACAGUAGAGUGGUGUCUCGAUUACCCUUCUCCUCACAGUCACAGAGCGGGCUCUCGCUCUCAUUCAUUCACAAUCUCUCUCUCGCUCUGUUCCUCGCUGUCUCGCUCGCUCUCUCUCCCACUCCGUCUCCCAGCCCCUCUUUCUGUCAGAUGUGGAGGGAAAACCACCUGCCACCAGGUCCUCUGGAGUGAACCAGAGGACACAGACAUCCCAAAAAAAGUCCUGAAAACUGGAUCUGAAGACCUGAAGGCCUGACACAAGGACGGGUUCAACCCAGUAUCUGAAUACCGGACAACGGGGACUGGCUCAGAGACUGAGGGCAGAGUUGUUCACUCUGGGAGCCAACAGAGGUCCGAGAUGGGAAGCUUCUUUGGCUCAGGAUGGAAAAGGACUUCCUCAUCACCACAUGACAAUUCAGUUGUUGCCCAGGAUCCAUUGAAUGAAUGGCUUGACUGGAGUAAGUACUAAGUAUGAGUACAGACAGCCUGAAAUCCACUACAAGACAGAUAUAACUAAGCAACAAAAUACUCAUCAUACAUCAAUCCCAGAGUCCGUUGAAUGAAUAGGCUUGUCCUGUGUGGCCUGCCUCAGGCAGAGGGAUCCCAGGUGUCUACCUGAGGUUUUUGUUCCGUUUUAUGGAGGCGUUGCACAGCUGCAGCCACUUGCCGACUGGGGAGCAGUCCAGAGGUCAUGACCAGCCUCAGCCAGGAGAGUCUGCUCUGCCUCUCGCAGACCCUGAGCCUCCCAAAUCUCCCUCCUCCCAGAAAAAUCAACUGCCGACACAACAGACUCGCUCCAAACAAGGAGGCCCUCAACAUCAACAACACCACAAACUGCCUAAUAAGAGGGAGCGCAAGCGUCUCCGUCAUCAGAGGCAAAGUGUUGAUUCAGACACCCCACUGUCGGAAGAGGGUAAGCAUGCAAAGGCAGAGGCAACACCGACUACAGUGUCUCGGACCCCGUCUGGAGGGACCCCGGCAACUCCCUCCUUAUCAACCACCUCCACCCAGUCUACAGAGGCUCCUGCCACAGAGGAGAACCAGGAGGGCACCCUGAAGCAGAAACGGGAGCAUAAGCCUGGAAAACCUGGGAAAUAUGUGUGUUCUUACUGCGGCCGUGCCUGUGCCAAGCCCAGCGUCCUGCAGAAACACAUCCGAUCCCACACUGGAGAGAGGCCCUACCCCUGUGCUCCUUGUGGCUUUUCUUUCAAGACCAAGAGCAACCUCUACAAGCACCGGAAAUCCCAUACCCACAGGGUGAAGGCUGGCCUCGCCUCUGGAGAGCCCAGUGCUUUAGAAGAACCAAUGCCAGAGUCAGAAGAUGAAACCAGACAGCCAUCGUCUGCUGCCUCCUCUAACUUGGAGAGACAUGACAGUGUAGCCAACGAGAAGACCCAUAAAGACACAGAGAGGUCUAAAGAGCAGUCCAGUGGGAUGGACAACUCCUACGCCGUCAAGAAGAGGCUGGCCAUGCGUUUAUGCCGAGGGAAACGUGGCCCUCUAGGCUCGUCUGACUCGAUCAGUUCCUCGUUGGGUAUGGCGAGUAUAGGGAGUAGAGGUAGCACAGAGUCUGGCUAUUUCUCUCGCUCUGAGAGCACUGAGCAGUCGCAGGACAUCCCACCCAAUGCAACAAGUGCCAAAAGCUACGCAGAGAUCAUCAUGGGGAAAUAUGGCCAUCUGGGCCACCUCCAGAAGAUGUCCCGGCAUCAGGACCAGCAGCCUUCUGGAGGCCAGGGACAGCAGGAGAAGAGCAGCCCGUUCACAGUGCCCAAGAAGCAGGUCAUUGACCACAUCACCAACCUCAUCACCAUCAACGAGGCUGUGGUGGACACAAGUAAGAUAGACAGCGUUAAGCCCAGGAGGUUCUCUCUGCCUAGGAGAAGUAGCAAUGAGUCUAACUCUAAGGUUUCUUUAUCUCUGAAAGAGCCGCCGGUAGUCCACCACAGCACCAAAAACCCUGGAGACCCAGGCUUUAAGAGCAGUGGUUCUAUCACUAUGGGAGUUCCGUGUGAGAAGUUCCAUCAUCACCAGUCACUACACGUGGAUUCAACGGCAGGCCUGUCAUCCACUUCCAUGGCUCCUCUUCUGAGAAGCCUUUCUAUGCCCUCUGCUGCUAGUUCAACUGAUGCCUCCUCUGACGUCUUCCCACGAAACUUCCGCCUUAGCCAAUCUUUCGAUGAACGGUCUGAAACCCAGUCUCGCCGCACUGGGAUGCUACGACGCCAGCCUGCUAUCGAACUACAACCUGGUGCUGAAUUCACUAAAGUGGAACAUAGUUUACACAGUAGCUCCAACACACUCUACAAUCACAAUAUGUCCAUCGUGCCUCCUGAUCACAAGCAAUGUCAACCAGAGCCAUACGAGUGUGAGUCCUGCGGCAUUGGAUGUAAGAACUGGGAAGGUUAUAAGGCACACAAGAGAAGUCUUUGUAUAGCACGACUUCCCCAAGAGAGUCUUGAUACAACAAUAUGCCAGCUGGACCGUUCACAGUUGAUACACUAUCCGAUUAGCAAACCAGGGGCUUUGGCAAUGCGCAAGAGAAGGAAAGAGGAGAGUUUUGAAUCUGAUGAUCCAUCCUCUCCUGUGUCUUUAUCCAUACCCACCUUCUCCACGUUGGUGCAAGGCAGAGACAGAAAAAGUGUAGCCUGCAAUAGAAACUCAUGGCCAUGGGUAGAGCAGGAUCGGGGAGACACAUCGAAAUGUUUCUCAGUGAUUCAGCAUACCAGUUCAUUUGAGAGACAAGACCCUUUGUUUACAGAGAGUCAAGGUAAAGAGGAGGCGCAUUUUAGUUUUCCAUCUCAUGAGGAUGUGUCUCAGAAACAACCGCAGAAACACUCGUCCAAACCAACACCUCGCAAACUGGUGCGCCAACACAAUGUUCAAGUCCCGGAGAUAUUCGUCACUGAGGAUUCCAACACCAAUCUUAUUGAGUCUGUUCAGACACAGUCAGAAACAGCAUCCAUAAUGCCUAAACAGACUGAGAGGACAGACGAGUUCCAGUGGCCACAGAGGAGCCUCACCCUGUCUGGGGUCCCCAUCGAGAAGCUGCCCCCGAAGAAGAAACGUAUUCGCCUGGCCGAGGCCGCCCAGUCUUCAGGGGAGUCCAUGUCCAGCUUUGACUCCGUCUCCCUGCCUCGCAGCCCCAGCCAGGAUAGCUGUGCAUCCCACGCGUCUAGCCGCUCUGCAUCCUUCGAGGAGUCCAUCAGACCUGGAGACAUGGAGACCCUGGCUGGGACACCGUUGAGGAGGUCUAGGGCCCCUAACAUGUUGACCGUCCCAGGGCUGCAUCUUCACAAAAGGGAGAUGCGGCGGUCGGUCUCAGAGCAAGCACCUCACGACCCACAGCAGCAGUCUGUCCUGAUGGCGAUGUUGGAGAUGCGAAGCAAGUCCUUUGACUACAGCAGUUUGUCCCCUGAGCGCUCCGCGGCCGGCUGGAGUGACAGACGCAAAUGUCUCCUCAUGAGACACACUGCGGUCAAGGACCCAGAGGAGGAGCAGCCUGUCAAACCUGCAGAACUAAAGCGGAACCCCAGUUCCUCCAUUUCUGCCAAACACACAGCACUAAAGGUGAACAAUCCUUCUCACUGUAGCCCCAGUCCUGACUCUGUCAGUCCAAGCACUUCUUCCAGACUAAGCCCAGGUCCUCGAUACCUUAGUGCGACUGCUGGUUCCCCUCUGUCAGGCGAACCCACAUCAUGUAACCCUGUACAAACUCUUUGCCAAGAGCCCCCCUCACAAUGGAAACUGAGUCAAAGUAUUCAGUUGACUGGACAUUGCUCUGAAGUCCUACCCUCAAAGAACUCUGUAGAAUCUCCUGACCCCCUCCAGAGGGUAGCCCCAAAACCUCUCUGUUCAGGGAAACCUGUAAUUAUCUCCCUCCGUCCUGUCCACACCUACAUCCAUCCUGCCCAACCCCAACUCCGCCCUGUCUACCCUCCCCACCCCCUCUCCACCCAGUGCCCAUUAGGGAUAGCUAGGGCCCACUACCUUCCAAUGUCCACAGGCCUGAAGCUGGAGAUACCAGUCUCAAUUCACAGUCAUGAUGGACAUUCAGAGUUUGUAACACAUCCUCCGCAGAUACUCCACCCUCACCCUAAUAUCUCACGUAGCCCAGAGUUACUCCGGCCCUCUAUAUCACCAGCAGUAGCAGUAGUUCGGCUACAGGCAGACACCAACACCCUAGCCAGUGCCAUAUACACCACUCUGUCCCAAACCACAACAUCUAGGUCCCAGGAACCUGUGUGUUCUGGGUUAAACAGUGGCAAUAGAAAUUCCCCAAUGCCUGAACAUAACAGCCACCUGGUCAUGACUCUGCCUGUAAGUAGCAAGAUGUUGUCUGAGACUCUGCUACCAGUCAGCCAGUUGGCUCUGCCUCCAGGCAACCACUUGGCUUUGCCUCUGCCUUCAGGCAGCCAGUUGUGGUCUGACGAGGGCUGUAGAUCUUCAGGCUCAGGGAGCAACAAGCGAUUGUUAUCCCCUUCAAACAGUGUCGAUUUCAGCCCUGAGUCCAAACAGCAGCAGAAACGAGUGAAGGAGGGGGAAGAUGAGGAGAGUUGUGUAGGAAACGUAAUCACAGAAACAUCCACAAAAGAAGAAAAGGUUGAGAUUCCAACAUGUUUACCUAAGGUGUGUACUCCAAUAAGUCAAGAAAGACCUUCAUAUCCGACCCUCCAGUCCACCACCUCUCACAGCUGGUGUUAUCUGAACUACGUCAAGCCAAAUCCUUCCACCUCGACUGAUCACCAGCCCUCAGUUUACUCCUCUUGGUCUACCAGCGAGUAUGACCCCAACCCUCCAGGCCUCUCCAGCAAGACAGCCCUGUCCCUGUUGGACUGCAAGCAGAGGGUCUGCCCCACCAUCUACACCAUGUCUCCCAUGUCAUCCACCCCGGCAGAGACCCCACCAGAGCCCACCGACAUGAAGACGCCAUGCCAUUCUGAGGUACAUGCCACUCUGCCCGGCGACAGCCACCGUGUCGAGACAACAGAGCAAGAGCAGUCCGCAGAGGACAAGGAGCUAAAGAAGGAACGAGAGGAGGAGGAAGAGGAGGAAGAGAAGGAAGAGGAGGAAAAAGAAGCAGAGACCCAGUCAACCAGCAAAUGUAGAGAACCUCCACCUCGAAUCUGGAUCUGUGAGGGAGGCUACAGGUCUAGUGAGGAGUAUGUGUACGUGAGGGGUCGAGGCAGGGGCAGAUAUGUGUGUGAGGAGUGUGGCAUCCGCUGUAAGAAGCCUAGUAUGCUGCGUAAACACAUCCGCCUGCACACCGACUCACGACCCUACGUCUGCAAGCACUGCAACUUUGCCUUCAAAACCAAAGGGAACCUCACCAAACACAUGAAGUCCAAGGCCCAUGGGAAGAAGUGCCAUGACGGGCCAAUGACUGGUUCUGAGGCUGAAGAAGACUGCUCAGUCUGGCCAGAGACAGGACAGGACGAGCACCGGUACUCUGACAUCAGCGAAACUGAAGCAGACGACGAUGACAACGAGUAUGAUGAUGAAGAAGAUGAUGGUGAAGUGGAGUCCUGGUCCCAUGAAGACCCUUCCACCACCUCAACAAGCCACCUGAAGCCAACCAAACCCCCAGACCAGAACAGAACCACACCAGACCGGGACAGGACCAGACCAUCUGGGUCAAGCCAGGGUAGCCAGCCUCAGAGGCUGAAUCCCCAGGAGCCAAGUCUCUGUUACACUGCUGGUUCCCACAGCAAGAAGAGCGCUUUAUUCUCUCGGAGGAGGCACCUGGACCCCUGUGGUCACUGCUCCCCAUUGCACUGUCCAUCACCAACUCCAGAACUGUCUCCAUCCCUAUCCCUAACCCAUCAGCUUUCUCCUGCUCACUCCCUAUCCCCUAGAGCGGACCUGUCCCCUCUCCGAUGCCCUUCCCCCAAGCGUUACCUCUCCCCUGUCCCCUGCCAUCCCUCCCCUCCACCACUCUCAUCCCUGUCUCCUAGGCAUAACCUAUCCCCUGCCCCCUCCCACCCCUCCCCAUCCUCCUCUCUGUCCCUGCUAGGUUGUCAUGUCUCCCCCUCAUUAGAGAGACAUCCGUCCCCCCUAAGAGGCCUCUCGCCUAUCAGGCCCAAGUCCCCCAGCGGUGGCUCCCCUGCCCCUCAGGCCACCCUCCCUGUUCAACACAGAGCCUGUCUGCCCAGAGACCCAUCUUCAAAUCCCCACAGGGACAGACCUGCUACGGCUACAAGCUCCAAGGCAAGGCUGCUGAAGAGCUACUCUGUUCAGGAGGACGACGAGGUGCGUCUCCCUCUCCUGUCCCCCAGGACUAGACCAUCCCGAGGGGGCCACGGUGGUGUCCUCAGCCACCUGCCUCUCCACUCUCAGCAGCUAGCCAGGACCCCCAACCUGAUGAUCCCCAUUGGGGGGAUCCACAUGGUACAGCCCAGGAACAGUCGUCACUACAGCCUGGUGACUAGCCCUGAGGCAUCACAGAACACCCCUACCCCGGCAAAGAUGAACCGAUCCAUGGCAGCCCAGAACACCCCUACGCAAGCAGGAAUAGACUGGUCCAGGUCAUCCCAGCACACUUCUACCUUAACAGGAAUGGACCGGCUGAUGACAGCCCAGAAUACCCCUACCCCAGCAGAGAUGGACCACUCCAGGACCAGGGGAGCUGGACUGGAAGAAGGGGCACUUAGUAGGCCUUCAUCGCUGAAGCACCAUCAAAACCCUCUGAAAGAGGCUGCUGGGCCUAGCACAAGCAUGCACACCAGCUACCAGGACAACAGGGUAGGAGAGGGAGAGGCCGGGGGCAGACUGUCAGGACCUCUCCCAGACAAGGCAGGUACGGCCCAUGUACAGGUGUGCUCCAUGAGACCCGAGAAUCAUGGGAGUUUGAGUCAAAGGGAAGAAACUAAACUACUGUUCACUGGGACAGAGCUAGGAGGCACCUCACACACUACAGGCGUCCGAAUGAGCACUUUGUCCAAGGGAACCACACACACAGAAAGAGAUGCAGAUACACACGUUAGAGGAGGAAGUGUUUUUCCAGUGACUAACCAAUGCCAAAAGAUGCCAUCUUCUUUCCAGACUAAACUCUGAUAGGAAGGAGCACCUUUAGGGAACAGUGCAACAGACUGGUCUUGGGUACAUCUGAUAUGGCAGCGUUUUUCCUACAUAGGGGAUACAGUGCCAUAUCAGACACAGACAUGGUCUCAGAGCAAAAAGCAGUUCUGGUUUUGAGACUGAAGAAGACGGAAGGAAUCCAAGUAGAGCACUCAGGAGCGUACGGCUUCUGACUAUAAUGUGUAAUUAUAUUAUGUAAUUAUAUGAAUGAUAUAUAGAUACAGUUGAAGUCGGAAGUUUACAUACACCAUAGCCAAAUACAUUUAAACUCAGUUUUUCACAAUUCCUGACAUUUAAUCCUAGUAAAAAUUCCCUGUCUUAGGUCAGUUAGGAUCACCACUUUAUUUUAAGAAUGUGAAAUGUCAGAAUAAUAGUAGAGAGA